AUGGACAGUAAAAUUGAUAAGAAAAAGUCGAAAAAGAGUAAGCUAGCUCGAAUCUUCAGAUUCAAACGAUUGCGUAAUUACUUUCAACAUCCGACAUCUGAACAAUCUCAAGUUCAGACCAACAAUACAAGAGCCUAUCAAAAAGAAGAUGCGAGCUCGAGUGAUCAGAAAACAUCAGUCGAUGUGUGUAAGCGUCGUCGACAAAAAUUGAUCAUGCGAGAACCAAAAACAAUUGCUCAAACUUCUAAUCAUCAACAACAUAUCAGUAUUGUAAAUAGACCAUGUACUUGUGCCUUGGCGAGAGCUCGUAUUCAAGCAACUAGUUAUCAGAAGCCAGAUGUACUAUGCACUGGUGCUUCACGCUCAACAAUGAAGAUCCCGUUAGCGCGCAGCGAUCUUUACACAACACUGUCAGCCAUACUGCUGAGCUGUAUAGCAACACGUACUUAUCAUACACAAGAUAAAAAGGACGCUUAUGCAGGAUUUCUUGUUGGGAUAUGCGUCGGUGAUAUUAUUGUUCGAGGGAUGGCAAUUAAUUUAUAUUGUUUUAUAAUAAUUGGUCUUAGUAUCGUAGCGACACCUAUACUAUUCGGAGUGUAUAUGUUGCAUCGUUUCGUUAAGUUUUUGGAUAAAAAGCGUGAAGGAAACUUCUCCCGUCCGCAACCUGUACCAGAGACGAUAUUGCAAAGAAUUGGAAGAUGGCUCAAAUGA